AAAUAUGAAAUAGGGGACAUUUUGGUGUCGUAAAGGAAGAGAGUCUUCUACUAUUAAAACACGUCAACGUACCGAGGACGGGAAGCCCGCGGGAGGUUCUGAGUUGACGUGCCGCGCAAUGGCGUCACUGACGGUGCGGAAGCCAUAUUCAAAGUUAUCCGGCUUCCUUUCCGCGUCGCUCUGGCAGCAGUAGUGAGGAACGCAGCAUAAACACGGCAUCCACAUGUCACGAUAAAGUAUGGACGGGUGGAGUCCAAUUGUUGCAACGGCCUCGGAUAACGACCGCUCCAGCUCCGAGGGGGAGUACAUGGUGGAGCCCGGACCCAAGGAUGUGACCCGGGACGAGGAGGUGGGCAACGUUAACCCGGAGAGGGCGGACCCCGGGGGAGCCGCCGCCGUCGGCUUCGGGAUCAGCGGGACCGGAGAGGGCAAAGUGGUGUUGGGUCGAGUCGGGCAGCGGGACGACAAAGAGCUCCGGUACCUGCACUUGUUGUGGGAGCCCGGGCGAGCCGAGCUGGGCGCCGGUGGCGUGGCGAGCAAGAUGGGGAAGGUGGCGGGGCGGCGGGCCAGGCGGCAACACCGGGUGGUCCGGAACCCUCUGGGCAAAGAUAUUUACGCUGCGAAAAGAUUGAGGGAAGCAGCGAACAGCAACGACAUCGACACGGUUCGAAAGCUCCUGCAAGAUGACACAGACCCGUGUGCAGCAGAUGACAAAGGAAGGACGGCCCUCCAUUUCUCUUCCUGCAAUGGCAAUGAGAGCAUCGUGCAACUGUUGUUGAGCCACGGCGCUGACCCCAACCAGCGAGACAGCCUGGGAAACACCCCCCUCCAUCUGGCGGCCUGUACCAACCACGUGCCUGUAAUCACCACAUUGCUGAGAGGAGGAGCCCGUGUGGAUGCCCUGGACCGCGCAGGCAGGACCCCUCUGCAUCUAGCGCGCUCCAAGCUCAAUAUUCUGCAGGAGGGAGAUUCACGCAGCUUAGAAACCCUGAGAGGGGAAGUCACACAGAUCAUUCAAAUGCUGAGGGAAUACCUGAACUUAAUGGGCCAGAGUGAAGCUAAAGAGCGACUGGAGCACAUUUCUACACAGCUGCAGCACACGCGCACCAAAGAGCAGGUGGAUGUGGUGACUGAUUUAUUGGCCAGUUUUACAUCACUCAGUCUACAGAAACAUAACUUGGGGGAUAGGUAGAAGAAACAGUUUCGAGAGAGCUGAAGCCUCUGAUGCAAGCACCUUCUAAACCACACUGAACCGCAGCUCUUGGGGCUUCUGUCCAUAUUCCAAACUAAAUAUUUAUUUACAGCAUCGCUUUACAGGCCAGUGACAUUUGAACACCCUGUCAUUUUAAGCAGGAUAACCCUAUCAUUAUUGUGUUAGCAUUUACAGCUCUAAUGAGGUUCUGAAAGUCUUCCUGUGACUAAGACGAUAAGGCUGAACAAAUUUUCUUAUCUGGGUUGGAAUGAAAAUAUGCUCACAUUUUAAUGCCCAGUAGUGCAGUGGAUAUUUAUUUAUAGACGGAAAGAUUAUCACAUGUUAGCUUUUCAUAAAACAAAAACCCCUUAGGGAUAUAUACAUUGAGAACAGGAAACUAGUGGAACAGAAGCCAACCCAGAAGUGCAGAAGGACCUCUCUAUCGUUUGUUUGAGUGCGUGUGUGAGAGAAAAACACAGGAGUCACAGCUGUGUCUAUGUGCUGACCUGUUCUCUUUUUGCCUGCCAUUAUUAGCUAAAUUCUACUAUAAUUGUGAGACACAUUUCUAAUUAAAUGAUUAAACAGUUUUCACUGUUGUAUUUUUGUUCUUAUUGACAGCUUCUUUGUAUCUCGUUGCCUUUUUCUCAUGUAUCGCAUGUUAUGUUUGUAUGUGAACUGUACUGUAAAAAAGAUAUUUGAUAUUUGUUGGAAAUGGAAUAUAUGUGAUUUCAAUAAAUCAAUGUUUGGCUACA